UAAAAAAAUAGAAACUGGCUAACUUCGAAUACAAGCCGCGACAGUGGCACUAUUGUAGUCACGUGCCCGGGUACGGGUAAAGAAGAACUGUUUUUCCAGCUCCUCUUUAGACAGUUACCUAGUAUUUACACAGUAUGCCUGUCCCAAAGCAGUACCAGCAGAUGGACAGUGUGGAACCGAUGCAGGUGGAUGAAGAUGGGACUCUCUCUCAAAGCAAUGACUUCAUCAUAGACAAUCCGAACUUCGACCUCGACCAGUACGCCAACAGCUUUCAAGGCCUGGCUAAAAUACGAAGGCUGAUGUUCAUCGCUAAGCACUGUCCAACACUGCGUGCAGACGCACUCAGACUGAGUCUACAGACUGUGGAGGGAACUCACAACACUCCUCUAUUCAGUGAGCUAAGGCAGAGAGUACAACAGGCUACAGGUGACCCCAAGUAUUCCCCUGACGCUGAGGACGCUGUGACCUUUGUCACUACCACCAACAGGAAGGCAGCCAUCUUGCUUGAGCGAUUGGACUCUGACCUGAAGAACUACCGCAGCAAUUCAAUCAAGGAGAGCAUCCGGAGAGGGUUUGACUCUUUGGGGGACCACUAUGUUGACUGUGGAGAGCUAAAUCAAGCUUUGAAGAUGUACAUGCGUGCCAGGGACCACUGUACCAGCUCCAAACACAUUGUUCAACUUUGUCUGAACGUCAUUAAGGUGAGCGUGUUGCUUGGCAACUGGCAGCAGGUGCUCAACUACUACAGUAAGGCUGAUGCAAGCAUGGAACCUAUUGAUCUGAGUAAAGGCCCCCAUUCUGGAGUGACUGGUGCUCAGGAGACUGCCUGUAGACUGCUCUGUGCCGCUGGGCUCGCUGAAAUGCAAAACAGAAAGUACAAGAAUUCAGCUAGGCUUUUCUGUGCAGCCAUUAUCGAGCACUGCAACUUCCCAGAUCUUUUGUCCCCCUACUGUGUGGCAGUGUAUGGUGGACUCUGUGCAUUGGCUUCCUUUGAUCGCCAGGAUCUCUAUACUAAAGUUCUGACUAGCAGCACUUUCAAGCAGUAUUUGGAACUGGAGCCACAACUUCGUGAUGUGAUCCUCAACUUCUACCACUCUCGCUACACUUCCUGCCUGCGUACCCUGGACGAGAUGAGGUCCAGCUUCAUGCUCGACAUGUACCUUGUACCACACAUGGACAUGCUCUACACGAUGAUAAGGAACAGGGCUCUUAUACAGUACUUUAGUCCCUACUUGAGUGUGGAUCUUCAUAAAAUGGCGUCUGCCUUCAACACGAGUGUACCUUACUUGGAGGAUGAACUCACACAGCUGAUUCUAGAUGGCCAGAUCUCUGCUCGGAUAGACUCCCAUGCCAAGAUAAUGUAUGCUCGGAACGUGGACCAUCGAAGUGCUGUAUUCCAGAAGGUGCUGGAAGUUGGAGAGGCCUACCAACUGAGAACUAAGGCACUGCUAAUUCGAUCACUACUACAGAAGCACAACAUCUGUGUGACGCAUUCAAGUGACUCCAAGAAUGGGGACAAUGAGGUCGUGUCAGAGUCCACCAAAAGAGUCAAACAAUGACAACCUUUAUAGUGACCCUGAUUUUUCAAGUGUUUUGUUUAACUGUGUUUACAUCAUUACUCCCAAUAAAGGCUUAAUAAUUAUUGUGCACAUUAAGAAAAUAUUUAUCCUUGUUG